AUGCAAGCAUUGGUAAACGCAUUUAUCCGUUGUCUCUAUUUUCUCCUCCCUCCCUCUUGGCUUCAGCUUGGGUUUUGCUGGUGGGUUGGGGAUGAGUGCGGAAAGAUGACAUGGCCCAAUCCCAGAGCUCGUUUCAAAAGCAGAAAGCCUCUUACAAAUCAGGAAGUAACAACACAAGACGGCUCCAUCCCCUCGGUCUCCCCAGCUUCUAGUUGCGUCUCGCUAGCUGCUAGCUCCACGCCACCCCAGGGUUCUUCGUGGGGUAGAAUUUGGGGGCUCUGGCCAGCUGUGGAGCGCAUCUUUGGGGCUUCCUUGGCCAUCCACCGGCGUGGGUGUCAAAAGCGUCGAGGUGUAUUUGCCCCAUAUCCUGCCGACUUCAAUUGUUGUAGUACAAGGAAUAAAGGCUUCCAGGAAAGCACUACCACUGGUGUAGCCGAGGAGGAAGUGAACGAACCGGGAGAAAACACAUUUAUUUCGGGUAAAAUGACGAGUGCCACCAUGGAGUUUCAGAAACAUAUCGAAUCUGUAUCAGGUUCGUCGGCGGGACGGGAAAUCGAUGAGGUGAUAAUUGUGGAUCAACACCUGCAAGAGAUGGGGACUCAAGUGACGAUAACAGUGGCUAUUCAGGCGGCAGACGACGAGGAACCAGAGGAGGAGGUGUCCUCAAACAAUCUCGAUUUCCUCGGAGGCAGCUGUAGUGAAGACGAAUUUGGAAGACAUGAUAAAUCCAGGUAAAUGCAUUGUCUUGUAAUGGCAUGUCUGCCAGUUGUAUCCUCCUUUUAACAUUAUCUGAUUGUUUUUUUGAAAUAAACCUGUAGGCUAAAAUACUGCAAUACUUUUUUUGUUUUUGUUUGGUGUGUUAUUUUAAUGUGAACUUUAAUUCCACAGUGAAGGGCUAUGGUAAUUGCCAGACAGCUUCUAACCACCUGUAGACGGGCAUUGUAAGCCCAUUGACGUAUAAGACAGAUAAGCCGAUUUGGAUGGCACCUUGACACUCAUUGCUCUAAUUCCCUUGCGUCAACCCAUGCUAUUGCAACCUGGACUCGGGGGUAGACCUAACAUAGUAAACGUAAAUCUGGGACACCCCAAUUAGUAUGAUGUGUUACGUUUUGUAUGGUAUGUAUUAAUUUCUGGAUGUUCAUCAUCCAUUUCUUAUGAUGUGUUAGGAAUUACAAUUUGUACAAUAUGUUACUAAUUUGCAAAAUGUGUGACGUUACGAAUUCCACUUUUAUAUACAGUGAUGGGGAAAAAAGUAUUUGAUCCCCUGCUGAUUUUGUACGUUUGCCCACUGACAAAGAAAUGAUCAGUCUAUAAUCUUAAUGGUAUAUUUAUUUGAACAGUGAGAGACAGAAUAACAACACAAAAAUCCAGAAAUACAAAUGUCAAAAAUGUUAUAAAUUGAUUUGCAUUUUAAUGAGGGAAAUAAGUAUUUGACCCCCUCUCAAUCAGAAAGAUUUCUGGCUCCCAGGGGUCUUUUUAUACAGGUAACGAGCUGAGAUUAGGAGCACACUCUUAAAGGGAGUGCUCCUAAUCUCAGCUUGUUACCUGUAUAAAAGACACCUGUCCACAGAAGCAAUCAAUCAAUCAGAUUCCAAACUCUCCACCAUGGCCAAGACCAAAGAGCUCUCCACGGAUGUCAGGGACAAGAUUGUAGACCUACACAAGGCUGGAAUGGGCUACAAGACCAAGCAGCUUGGUGAGAAGAUGACAACAGUUGGUGCGAUUUAUUCGCAAAUGGAAGAAAAACAAAAGACCUGUCAAUCUCCCUCGGUAUGGGGCUCCAUGCAAGAUCUCACCUCGUGGAGUUGCAAUGAUCAUGAGAACGGUGAGGAAUCAUCCCAGAACUACACGGGAGGAUCUUGUCAAUGCUCAAGGCAGCUGGGACCAUAGUCACCAAGAAAACAAUUGGGAACACACUACGCCGUGAAGGACUGAAAUCCUGCAGCGCCCGCAAGGUCCCCCUGCUCAAGAAAGCACAUAUACAGGCCCGUCUGAAGUUUGCCAAUGAACAUCUGAAUGAUACAGAGGAGAACUGGUUGAAAGUGUUGUCAAAUGAGACCAAAAUCGAGCUCUUUGGCAUCACCUCAACUCACCGUGUUUGGAGGAGGAGGAAUGCUGCCUAUGACCCCAAGAACACCAUCCCCACCGUCAAACAUGGAGGUGGAAACAUUAUGCUUUGGGGGUGUUUUUCUGCUAAGGGGACAGGACAACUUCACGGCAUCAAAAGAGACGAUGGACGGGGCCAUGUACCGUCAAAUCUUGGGUGAGAACCUCCUUCCCUCAGCCAGGGCAUUGGAAAUGGGUCGUGGAUGGGUAUUCCAGCAUGACAAUGACCCAAAACACACGGCCAAGGGAACAAAGGAGUGGCUCAAGAAGAAGCACAUUAAGGUCCUGGAGUGGCCUAGCCAGUCUCCAGACCUUAAUCCCAUAGAAAAUCUGUGGAGGGAGCUGAAGGUUCGAGUUGCCAAACGUCAGCCUCGAAACCUUAAUGACUUGGAAAAGAUCUGCAAAGAGGAGUGGGACAAAAUUCCUCCUGAGAUGUGUGCAAACCUGGUGGCCAAGUACAAGAAACGUCUGACCUCUGUGAUUGCCAACAAGGGUUUUGCCACCAAGUACUAAGUAAUGUUUUGCAGAGGGGUCAAAUACUUAUUUCCCUCAUUAAAAUGCAAAUCAAUUUAUAACAUUUUUGACAUGCGUUUUUCUGGAUUUUUUUGUUAUUCGGUGUCUCACUGUUCAAAUAAACCUACCAUUAAAAUUAUAGAAUGAUAAUGUCUUUGUCAGUGGGCAAACGUACAAAAUCAGCAGGGGAUCAAAUACUUUUUUCCCUCACUGUACAUUUCUUUCCACUUUGUUGUGGCUAACAUUAGCUAGGUUAGGUUAGUUAAAGUUAGGAGUUAGGUUAAAGCAGUGGAUCCCAACUCCAGUCCUCUAGUACCCCCAACAGCACACAUUUGUGUUGUAGCCCCUGACAUAAAACCCCUGAAUUAACUAAUUGAGGGCCUGAUGAUUAAUGACAAGUAGAAUCAGGUCUGCUUGUCCUGGGGCUACAAUACAAAUGUGUACUGUUGGGGGUACUCAAGGACUGGAGUUGGGGAACCACUGGGUUAAAGGGUUAGGGAAAGGGUUUGCUAACAUGCAAAGUAGCUAAACAGUAGUAAGUAGUUGCUGAAGUUGUCCUUGAUGAAAUUCUAACACACAACCUUUGGGUUGCUAGAGAUUCGCCUUAACUAACAUUCUGUCUUAACCAUACAAAAUGAAACAUAUCGUACUAAUUUCAGGGUUUGGUUUUACAUUUACUAUGUUACGUCUAGUCUGAGACCAGGCUGGCUAUUUUUGCCCUUGUAAAUUCCUGUGACCCAGUGCUAAUGUAUAGGAAAUGUGGUUAGUAUGUUUCAUUCAGGUAGUCUGAAAUAGUACAUUCAUAUUCUUAACCAGGUCUACCAAUGCAUCAUAGUCUGUCUUGCAGAGGCAUGUUCUUCACUUGCAACAAUGUUGCACUUGUUUGGGGGCAUGGAACAUUUUUGUUUUUCACAGGAUACCUUUAACCAGUGAACUACUCGUUAAUACUCCUUGACCAGCUUAUUAUUCUGGCAGGAGAGAAUCUGAGUAUGACUCGGUCUACAAUAAUUGGUCCCUUUACAGUGGUGUUGUGUGGGAGGGGUUGACUCCAUUUAUUUUUUGUUGUCGAAGGGCUUCCCCUGACUUGAACACAGUGGGUUGGAUGCUGCAAUCAUUACAUUGUCUGUUCUGUCUGGGGUGUUCGACCAGUGUCUUGCCUAGCCUGCGGGAUGGGAUCGCUGUGUGAGGAGGCUGGAGGAGGAUGACUCAUCCACACAGUGAUGUCAUUCAGACCUUCACUCUGAUCGCAGCAGCCAAUGCCGGCCCGGCAUACCUGUGCACAUUUUAAAGCCCUCUGUCAAUAGAACUUUGAUUAAACCUUUGUUCUGGUGUGGCAGGCAGUAAAUGACUGAUUUUGAAGUCUGGCUGAUAUGGUAAAUAGCCCUGUCCCUGUGUGGGAGGCGUGGUGUGUGGAGAUCAGUGACUCUGCACUCUUCAGAUGGAGAGGUCUUAGCGAUUUCUGUUCAUGUUGGCGGGACACCCGGUGGUGUUGAGGUUCUGGCAGAGAGCAGUGUGACGGUCACAUCGUGGUUCGGCAGCCUGUCACUACUGUCACAGGAAGAAUCUGAAAAUGAAAUCUGAGGAGGAAAGAGUCAAGAUGGCAGAUCUCCAGCAGCUCUUUUCAGCAUGUUGCUAUGGGUAAUGGCUGAGGCUGUUCUGAUCAGUUCUCCUGCCAAAUCGUUUAAGCUCCUGCCUUGUGGCUCUGUGAACUGGCAUGUUAUCCGUUUUCUCUUUCUCAGUGGUGCUGGCACGAGUGGUGGGGAACUGGAGGAGGAGAGCUGGCAGCCCCCAGACCCAGAGCUGACCCAGAAGCUGGUGGCCCAGAUCGAGUACUACCUGUCGGAUGAGAACCUGGAGCACGAUGCCUUCCUGCUCAAACACGUCCGACGCAACAAGCUGGGCUUCGUCAGUGUCAAACUGCUCACCUCCUUUAAGAAGGUAAUGUUUGAUCUCCUGCUGACAGUUUGGUUUCUUGAUAUUGAAAUUGGAAUAGCAAUUGAAUUCCCUGGGGGCUCAUGGGGAUUUAAUAUAACUGAAUGCAACAGCUGUUCCUAGUGUCAGUAUGGCAAGCCGUUGGGGCUAGGAAGUGCAUUCUCACAUGGGUUGGAAGCGGGAGCAGCUGGUGUGACUGAGGCUCAUACAUACUCAUUGAUUUUACCCGUUUCCUUUUUGUUUACACUUCCAAGAAUAAGAUCAGUUUUUCUCCUCUACUGGUUUAAUGUCCAAUGUUCACAGCUGGAUGAAUACUGUGAAUGUUUAUUUUGUUUCUAGGAGGCGCUAACAAUAACAGCAAUAUUUGUUGCUUUAUUUACAAACAGAAAUGUGGGAAUUUUAAGAACUGUGAAACAACACUUCUGUAGUAGCCAGUAACUUGAUUUGCCUUUUGACAGCUGUUGCUUACAUAUAAAUAAUCUAAUUCUAGAUCUGUGGCUGCUUAUACGUUAUACUGCCAUCAGAACAAUUGCUUUUUAGUUUUCAGGAUGUAUGAUAAAAAAUAGGAAGUUCUAACAUACAGGAUGCUGCCUGUAAACAAAGUACUGACUUUCACUUCCGAUUAUCUCUAACACAAAGUUAUUUUCCUCCCAGGUGAAGCACUUGACGCGAGACUGGAGAACAACUGCAUAUGCUCUGCGCCACUCGACAAUACUUGAGCUAAACGAUGAGGGGCGCAAAGUGCGUCGCAGAUCAACAGUGCCCGUGUUUGCCAGCGAGUCUCUGCCGAGCCGCAUGCUACUCCUCAGCGAGCUGCAGAGCUGGCCAGAGCUGGGCGUGGCGAUGGAGUGUGGGGCUGGCGAUGGGAGCGAGGGCGGAGCUACCCAACAGGAACAACUGAUGAAGCUGCUGCUGAAAGCGUUUGGAACAUAUGGCGCCAUCGCCUCUGUGAGGGUGCUGAAGCCUGGCAAGGACCUGCCAGCCGAUCUGAAGAAGCUGAGUGGCCGCUACACACAGCUGGGCACUGAGGAGUGUGCCAUAGUGGAGUAUGAGGAGGUGGAGGCUGCGGUCAAAGCCAAUGAGGCUGUGGGCAGCGAGGAGGGGACAGGGUCUCUGGGGUUGAAAGUGGUUCUGAUCGGCACCAAGCCUCCCAAGAAGAAGGUGCCCAAAGGUCAGCGUGAGGAGGGAGUAGGAGGGAUGAGGAAGAGCCACUCACUCAACAGCCGGGUACGGGAGCUUCAGUAUCACGAAGACUCUGCCUGUAGCUCCUCAGAGACUGAGAGCAACCCCACCUCCCCCAGACUGGCCCGCAAAUCCCGCUCUGUCAAUAAGCUAAGUCCCACUGGAGGGGGUGCCACCUUCCAGAACAAUCACCUGAGCCCAGCUGUGUCCCCACGCACCAGCCCCUGGUCCAGUCCCCGGGCCAGCCCUUGCUCCCAACGCAAGUCUCCCCACUCCCAUAAGUCUCCUUUGGCCAGUGAGGGCAGACUGAGCCCUGAGGCUGGGCGACGUUGGGCGGACUACUCCUCAGACAGCAGCCUGACGCCGUCCGGUAGCCCCUGGGUCCAGAGGCGCAGGCAGGUGGCCUCCCAGGAGAGCAGCCCAGUAGGGAGUCCCAUGCUGGGUCGAAAGAUCCAGGGCGCAGACGGGCUUCCGCCGGGCGUGAUGAGGCUACCGCGUGGGCCUGAUGGAACACGUGGUUUUCACUGUGGUGUGUCCAUUGGUGUUGCUGAGAGGGGAGAGAAGACUGCUUCUACCCAAACUUGACACUUGUACCCCCUAUGCCCCCAGUUCUAAAGCGGUACACUGAGUACAGCGAUGAGAUUUCACCCAGUCCUUUGGCCACUACAUUGACAUUCUUCAUCCCCCGCCCCACAUUUCAAUGAUCGUAGAUUUGUUCUGUGUUAUAGUAGUUUGGAGUUUUGCCAGUCUUUGUUAUACUUUUAUACAAUAUUUGGUUUAAAAACAUGGUGACGCCUAAUUUAUGAAUAUUUAAGCUACAUUUUGAGUUUUGAAGAAAUUCAAAGUUGAGUACUGUAUUUCAGACACCAGAGUAAUGGUAUUUGUCACCUCCAUUGCUAUCUGAGGUGUUGUGCAUGGGGCAGGGUGGAGAUUUUUUUAUUGGAAAGUGUCCUCAGUCUUGAAGUAUGUGUGUGAAAUCUCAUAACAUUUUGUCUGUGGAUUGUGUGAACAGUGGUAUGGGCCAAUGGAGUUGAUAUCGCCAUAUGCCUUUUGUUAUAUUUGUCUAUUGUGAGUAUCAAUGUUAUUUGCUCCUUAAACUGUGGCCAUAUUUCCCAGCCAUAAGGUUGAACAGUUAUCACAUGGACUACUUUUUUAUUUUGCCUUUUAAAUUUAAUUAUUUUUCCUGUAUGCCAAACUUAAGCUUCCAAAGUAGGGGUUACACUCCUAGCUCUGUAAAAAUGAAAAAUACUGGAUUGGGGGGGGGGGCCCUCCUUGG